AUGGCCGCUUGCCGGAAAUUGAGGGCGUUCAAGAGAUGGAUGAAAUAUCAAGGCAUGGAUUGCAGCGACUCUCUAGACCUUGUCCUCCACCCCUUCCCCGGCACCGACUCUCCGGCGGCGUUUUCCGUCUCAGUUAGGGCUUUAAGAGACCUUGACGAGGGCGAUGUGGUGGCGAGAAUACCUAAGCACAGCUGCCUCACCAUAAAGAACUCUGGUGCUCGUCACCUGAUUGAGGACGCCGGACUCGACGGCUUCUUAGGCCUCGCCGUCGCCGUCAUGUACGAACGGAGCCUCGGGCCUCAGUCUCCUUGGUUCGAUUAUCUGCAAUUGAUGCCGUUCUAUGAGCCGAUUCCACUCCUCUGGUCCGACGACGAGAUUGAUAGCCUUCUGGCAGGCACCGAGCUCCACAAGACAAUCAAAGAAGACAAAGUUCUUAUUUUUGAGGAUUGGAAAGAAUGUAUUGAGCCGCUGUUGAUUUCUGCUCCGGUUGAGCUUAAUCAGCAAUUUUUUGGCGUUGAACAUUAUUUUGCGUCAAGAAGCCUCAUUGCUUCUCGCUCAUUUCAAAUAGAUGAUUUCCACGGAUCCGGGAUGGUUCCAUUGGCAGACCUUUUUAACCACAAGACUGGAGCUGAAGAUGUACACUUCACGUCUUUAGUACAGCAUGAGUCCGAUCAGAGCGGUGAGAGUGACUUGGAGGACGAAGGAUGCGAUAACCUAAUGAAUGAUGAAUUAUCCAGUCAGAAACCUGUUUCAGGAAAUGAAAGCAAUAGCACUGCAGAAUUCGAGUGUUCCACGUCGAGUGACGAUCUUACAAUAUUAGAGAUGAUUAUGGUGAAAGAUGUCAUGGCAAAAAAUGAAGUUUUCAAUACCUAUGGGUCUUUGGGAAAUGCUGCAUUACUGCACAGAUAUGGAUUUGCAGAGACAAACAAUCCCUUUGACAUUGUGAACAUAGAUCUUGAACUGGUAGAGGAGUGGAGUUCUUUUUUGUAUUCCCGUCGUUACAGCAGGAGAAGGUUGUCACUUUGGAGAAGAUUAGAUUGCUCUGCAGGUGUCGGUCAAGAUCCUGAAUAUUUUGAAAUAUCCUUUCAUGGGGAACCGCAAGUUGAGUUGUUGGUUUUGCUUUACAUAAUGCUGCUACCAGAGGAAGACUACAAUAAGCUUGACCUCGCUAUCUCCUCCACAAACAACGCACACACGUCUGUGAUUCUUUCUUUGUCUGGGAAAGUAAAUGUGGAUGUCUCUAAGAACUUAGAGCUGAGUAGGGAUUUCUUAUUGACAAAAGGCGUUUGUACCGGUUUGUUGUCGCUUGCUGAUAUCAGGGAAGGUUUGUAUGGUCCAAGCACUCUAGAAGAUGACAUUGAAGCAUUGAAGCAGUGUUGUAACAUAAAAGAACCGAAGCUUUAUCACUCUUUGGUGCUUCGAAUUAGCGAGAGAAGUAUCCUUCAGAAGUUAAGAUCCUAUGCCAUCACUGCCGCUGAGAGUCUAAAGAGCCGAAGUUAA